GCACCUGAUCCGACACAGAGACAUCCUGCUGGGUGAGAGGAGCACUCAGAGUGAACCGGGAACUUAGCCCGUAACCUCCAGGAGAGGAGUCUCCACCCCUCUGAAAGCCCCCCCUGUGCAGGAGUGUUGGGCCUGGUGGAGCAGCAGGACCCUCUGACUGCAGAUACCAUGUCAGAUAGAGCAGUGAUGCCCCCCAUGGCCCCCUUUACAAGGGGCUGUAAAGAAAGAGCAAGUCUACCUGUCGGCUGGUUAAGGGGUCAGACGAGAGAGAGGCUGCCUGGUGUGAUGUACCUGCAGUACGGGGAGCAGACUCAGCAGGUCAAGCUGCCGGUGGAGCUCAAUGGGGAGGACGCUCUGCGGGCUCUCUUUGUCUCCGCCUUCCCUCAGCAGCUCACCAUGAAGAUGCUGCAGUCUCCCAACAUGGCCAUCUACAUCAAAGACACCAGCCGCAACGUCUACUACGACCUAGAGGACAUCAGGAACAUCACAUCCCACUCCUGUUUAAAGGUGUAUCACAAGGACCCUGCACAUGUGUUCAACCGCCAUGCCAGGCCUGAGGGGAAGAUCUCUAAAGAGGCUCUGUACGGCAGUCACAGUCCAGUCCACACCCUGUCAGCGUCCAGCCGCAACCCCCUGCACAGCCUGCAGGGCUCCAUGUCCCCCCCCAUGGUCCGCUCCAUGCCCUCCUCUCCCUCCAGGAGGCCGUAUGGUGGGAGCACAGGGAGUAGGACUGGGAUGGUGGAUCCAGGAAGCAGCAUGUUACCAGGGGGGGGGCGAUCCAGCUCCCUGAGCUCCAGCAGCAGUGCCAUCCUGGAGAGGAGAGACGUGAAGCCUGAUGAGGACGUUGGCAGCAGUAAGGCCCUGGUGGUGCGUGGUGAAGGAGGACCACAUUUCCCAGACUCCUAUUGCUCCUCCCUGCAGGAUGGAGGGGGAGGGGGUCGCUUCAGCUCCUCCCAGUGUAGUGCUCCCCCCUCUCUGCCUGCAGACAUGGUGGAUGCGGGGAUCCCAGGGGGGCUGCAGCAGUACCGGGCCUCCGUCAAACCCCUGCUGAUGGGCCACGGAGACAGCCUGCAGACCUGCUCCCUGCACAGGCAGAAGAGCAGGAAGUUUGGAGACAGCCAGCUUCCAUCGCUGGGAACCAAAACCCCGCCCCCUUCCCCUCACAGGGUCAAUGAAGUCAGGAUGAUUGGCAGACAGAUCAUUGGAGGCGUGAGCCUGGUGGCCUUGUCUCCAGAGAGGAUGUCUCCGAUCCGCCGGUCCCUCCGGCAGGACAGUAACGGAGCAGAAGUGGAGAUUGUCAACAGAAGCAGAGGAAGUGGCUCUUCCUCCUCUACCUCGUCUGUUUUUUUGGACAGCCCUCUGGGACAACCAGAGAGACUGCUUCAUGGUCAUGUGACCAACAGCAACCCCCAGAGUGAGAGAAUGAAAGCCAUGGAGGAGCAGAUAGCCAGUCUGGCAGGGCUGGUGCACAGUGCUCUGUCUAUGGGGUCAGAUGUUCCAGCAGUCAAGGCUCUCAGUGAGAAUGCUGAAUGCAAACAUCUCAAAAAUGGAGCUGGAGCAUCACCUGAGGUCCCUGUGGCUGUGAUUGAAAGCGUCUGCCCCGCCCCCCCCUCGGACAGUGGGCUGCAGCAGAGCUUGGUGUUAGCGAAGAGACAUGUGUGUGAUCUGCGCCUCCAACUCAACCAACUCAGACACUUACAGCUGUCAAACCAGGAGAGCCUGAGAUCCAUGCUACGGAUGGCGGGUGAAGAGCUGGUGGUGCUGAUGUGUGAUGGGCUGGUUCAGAGUGAGGAGGCAGCAAACAGACGGCUGGAGAUGGAGCGGGAGAGGAUCCACUACCUGACCGCAGAGGAGAGGACACUCAAACAGCUUCAGGAACUGGAGGACUAUGUGGAGCGUCUGCAGCGUAGCUCCGCUCCCAGUACCGAGCAGCUGUCCCUCACUCUGAGAGAGGUGGAGGAUGGAGCAGUUAACCUGUGGCGGGUUGGAGAAGCUCUGGCCCUCCUCAAAGGUGAGUUUCCAGAGCUGCAGGGGAAGCUGCGCUCAGUGCUGAGGCUGGAGGUGGAGGCGGUGCGUUUCCUGAAGGAGGAGCCUCAUAAGAUGGAGUCCAUGCUGAAGAGGGUCAGGGCCCUGACGGAGGCCCUCAGCUGUCUCCGCAGGUGUGUGUCAGAGUCAACCCCACCAGCCACAGCAGCUCAGGUGGAGACUCUGAACGUCCCGGGAACAGACCAGGGACCCGUGAAGACGCAGAGCCCCCAGAGCUCCCCCAAACCCCAGCCCCGAUCCUCCGUCAGACCUGCUCCACUCACCCCCUCCCUCCCUGGGGGUCCCGCUGAAGCCUCCCCCGUCAUGGCCCGCAGAAUGAACGCUUCCACCUCAGUGAAUCAGCCCCCCCACCACCAGCCCAGCCUCCCACUGACUCCCACCCAUGGGAGAGACUCCCCCUCUAUAGCCAAGGUGAGUCCUCGCAGCAGAGAGAGCAGCCCCGCCCUGCAGAGGAUGCCCCUGCAGCCCCCAACACAGGGGGGCCACACUGACCAGACUGCAGAGAGACGGACUCUAGAGGGCAGUCUGAGUGUACAGAUUCUCCCGCCCGCCACCAACACACACUGUAACCAGGACCUCCAGGAAGCACAGGCCAGCCUGAUGCAGUCUGUCCCUGCGCCAUACUCCACAGAGGGAUGCUCUGCUUCAGGACAGAGAGAUUCCACAGCCUCAGCGGAGCAGCAGGAAGUGAUACCUCCCCAGCUGAGGGAGUGUGUGGGCUCCACCCAGUUAGAUGCCCGAGACUCAGCUCCAUCAGCCUCGCAGCUUGUUGCAGUCGCUAUGAAGCCUCCACCCUCAGCCCCCCCCUCAGCCUCUCCCAAAACAGAGCACAGCGGCCGGCCACAGGUGGAGAAACCACGCCGCACCAGUGUGGACAAGGCCAUGAAGCAGAGUCCAGACAGGGGGGGGAAGUCUCCCCCUCCUCCCCCAACACGGAGGUUCCACGCUGUCAGCUCAGGACUCACCACCGGAAGCUCAGGAGAAGUGAUAUUCACCACGAGGAAGGAUCCGGGGGGAGCCAAGGAUGACAGUGAGAAAAAGCCUCCUGUGGUUCUUCAGCCCAAACCCUGGAGACAGCCCCCAGAGGUGAAACCCAAACCCACCAUCACCAUUCCUAAAGCCCCGACACACAGGGAGGAAGAGGAGGAAGACGAAAAGUUAAUGAAAGAGCUGCAGGUGACUAAAGCACUGUCAGGUAUUCAUUUGCCAGGUGGAAAUAAACAAUGGAAUGGAGAGAUGUCGCAGGUGGCCAAUCAGAAGCCUUCAAUGAUGGCAGCAUAUGAUUACCAGUCAGCUCCUCAGGUGGGAAUUUCAGGACAAAUUGAAGUUAGUAAAGAACAUGUACAUUCUCAGAAGAAAAAAGGACUGGAGGAGAGUCUGGUUAAACAAGGGCAUUCCCUAAACUGUGCAGCAGUAGAGAAGAUGUUACAAAAUGCUCAGACUGCCCAGAGGAAGGAGGUACCAACACCAACCCAUAAGAAAGCAGGCAAGGUGGAGGUUCUUACAGCUAUAACUUCACAUAAAGAAAAUGAUCUCACUUUGAAAAGUCCUGAUCAGAUUAAUAAGGAGUGUGUUGGUCAAAUGAGCUCACCUACCACAGCAGAAAAAAAGAAGGUCACCACCAUUGUUACUCUACAUAAAGAAACCAUUCAAGCCACUGACAUCACAGGUCCUGACGCCACAAAAGAAAAAGCUGUCAAAGAGAAACCAGCUGAGGAGAAGUCAAAUAUGACAGUAGCAGAAACAUAUGAGAAAGAAGACUCCCCCAAGGAUCGCUUGAUACAGUCCCAGGAGAAUAAACUCCUUAGCUUAGAUCAGUGUGUAACUUCUCCACAUGUCCCAAAAAUGUCCCCCUGCAGGACGGUCAGCCACAGCAGCAGGCAGCAGAACCUGCAGCCUUCCCAGGACACGACCCAGGACACAUCCCAGGACACAGAGGAAGGAGGGAAUCUGAGCCCUGAUAGUUUGGACAAUGAGGGUCGUCCUCCUCCUCCUCCUCCUCCUCCUCCUACUCCUCCUCCUACUCCUCCUCCUCCCACAGGUCAAAUCCACCUGAGAAUCACCAAGAACCACAGAGUGUUGGAUGGCCCUGACACACAGCCUGGGUCUGGGGACAGCAAUGGUGAACCCACUUAUGUCGCGUAUGAAAACCAAGGUUUUGAGGACAGUGAUGACUCUGAUAAGAAACCUAUAAUUGUUAUCAUGAAUGAGCCUAUGGACAUUCAGUCAGCCUACAAGCGUCUGUCUACCAUCUUUGAAAGUGAGGAACAUCUUGAUAAGAUUCUUUCUACAGAAAGUGUUGUGGAUGAAGAUGAGUUUCAUUAUGAAGAAGGCAAACAGGAAAUGAGAACAAUUGGCAACAGUGACAUCAACACAGGUUUAGAGAUCACAGGAAAUGGUCAGAUAUCUCUACACCUGCAACAAGAAAGACCUUCAGCAGGUAAUGGCACAAUACCUGAAAACCAGGACCAGGGUGAACCAGAUUUCCUUAAAAAGCCAGAGACCAAACGAAAGUUCAAAUUUAAGUUCCCCAAAAACAAACUGAGUGCAAUUAGCAAGGCCAUACGAACAGGGACGACCAAAACAGGAAAGAAGACUCUGGAGGUUGUUGUCUAUGAGGAAGAGGAAGAGAUAGUAUUGGCCAGCAAAUCAGCGAAGGAGACCAAGAAGCAGACAAAAGAAUCCAAGAGGUCUGAGACCAGCAGUCCCAGACAGGUCAACUCUGGUGAGAGAGACAUCCAGGUGUCCCUUAUCACUGUCAGCAGACACUCAAAGUCACAUGGCCGGGCAGAGAGGCCCUGCAACAGUACGCUCGACUCUAUUGACAGUCUAGAAGAGUCCAUUAAACAGCUGGAGAUCAGUGCAGACAGCAUGGCGGGCCCCCCCUCCCCCUGCAGCAUCGGGUCUUUACCGCCUCAGUCCCCUGAUUCUUCCUCGGACUCCACUGACAGAGCUCAGUCUAAAGUCAAACGGGAAAGGGAGAGAAGCCUUUCCAAGAGGCCAGCCUCUCAGGUCCUCAAGGUCCCCAAUCCACCUCAGAGUAAGAGGUCCAAACAACAGCCUCCACCUGACACAGGGAAAAGCUCCACCAUGAAACAGACCUACAGCUCCAGACCCCUCACCAGGUCCUGCCACACGACCUCCUCUAGCCCCCCAGAGAAGGCCCAUAAGGGCCCGAAGCAGCCCGGCCAGGCUGUCAGGGAAAGAGCCUCUCAGAUCCCCGCCCUGUCCCACAGCUCUGGGAAACAUCCCCCUCCUCCUCCCUGCUCAGACACCCCCCUGAGCUCCUCUGGGAAACCCUCUCUUCUUCAAAGUGUCCGUGGUCUCCUUCCUCGGCCCAGCCCUCCUCUUCCUCUCCAUCAGGCUCUCCCCCUGGCUCCCCCUCUCCCUCCUCCUCACGAGUCUUUAAUCCUGUCUCUGAAUCUGAGUCGUCUCCUCCCCUCGUCUAGCCACUUCUUCUUGCCAUCCCACCCUGACAUCCCCCCUGCCCAGGGGCCCCCCCUUGCCUUCACCUCCACCUCCCCACACAGCUACUACUUUUCUUCAUCCUACUCUUCAUCCUCGCCCUCCUCCUCCACCUCCUCCUCUCUGUCCCCCACCUCCUCCUCUCUGUCCCCCACCUCCUCCCUCCUCCCUCCUCCUGGGCCAAGGAGCAUCCAGAUGUCAGCGUCCAGCCUGCACUCUCCAGGCGGGAGGGGCAGGAAGCGCAGCGGAGGUCAGCAGGUCCUGCGACCGGGGGAGGGCUCCAAGGACGCAGCGUGAUGCUCCAUCAGGGGGAGGGGGGGGGGGUUAGCUUGUAGAACAAAUUUAAAAUAUCUGGCCAGAGUCCGUUUUAGUUCCAAAACACACUCGAGCCCGACCGUCACACAGGCAUGUUGCAUUAUGGGAUGUUUCAGCGUUGCCCAGGUGUGUCUUUAUUACUGUUUAAGUCAGCACAGAAAAGUGGAGCAUCACAGGGUGAGUCCACUAAAGAACACACUCAGCGUGACAGACACAUGAAGAGCAGCUUUGGAUUGGAUACCAUAGAUAUACAGUUUUGCGGGGGGGUCCAUUAUAGUGCUGAAUGAUUUGGGGAGAAAUAAUUAAUGCAUGUGAUAUGAUUCUAUAUAUAAAAAGGAAUGAUCAUUUUUGUGGCUAAUCAAAGAAAUAGAACCUAAAACGGUUUAAAAUGUUGGGAACCAGUAAGCCAAUCUUAAGGCAGGAACAAUGUCACUGAACGUCUGUGUUCAUUUGUUUUCUAUUUUCUUGUACUCCAAUAAUACAAUUCAUCGAGAACAA